UACAUUUAUCACAGCAUCCUUGUUUGUUUUUUGUUGUUACCUUCUUCAUUUCUUGUAAUAUAUAAUCAGUAGCAUACUUUCAUCAUGGGAAUAACAAUCAGACAAGCCACGAUAUCCGACAUUCAGGCCAUGCAAAAUGCCAACUUGCACAAUUUGCCUGAGAAUUAUCAAUUGAAAUACUACAUGUACCACAUAUUAUCCUGGCCCCAAGCUUCGUUUGUUGCUACUACAUAUGAUGACAUUGUUGGUGUGAAUGACACAGAAGUGGAUAUAGCCACCCAUAGUGAUCCCAAGGGAGACACUUCUUAUGUCCGUAAAGGUGAAAAAAUCGUUGGUUAUGUGUUGGGAAAAAUGGAAGAUGAUCCAGAGGCAGAGGACAAGACCCCACACGGGCACAUCACCAGUUUGUCGGUGAUGAGAACUUACAGAAGGAUGGGUAUUGCUGAGAAGUUGAUGAAGCAGAGUUUGUACGCCAUGUGCGAAGUGUUUGGGGCCCAGUAUGUUUCUCUUCAUGUGAGAAAAUCAAAUCGUGCCGCAUUACAUUUAUACCGAGAUUCAUUGAAUUUUGAAAUCAAGUCGAUUGAAAAGAGUUACUAUCAAGAUGGUGAAGAUGCAUAUGCCAUGAGGUUGGAGUUAGACUUGGAAAAGCUCGUGCCGAGUAAAAUAAAAGAGGAGCAGGAACAAGACGAUUUAACUAAGGAUUUAUUAGAUGAUUUAUAGAUACAUAGACAAGAGUUCUAAUAACGUUCUUUCAUUCUCG